GCCACGUGUCCCAGCUGCUCGCUCAUCGUCAAAGUCAUUUAUAAUAUGGAGGACUUUGCCGAGUAUGAGGAAGAGCAAGUGACUGCUCCCAAAGAGAAGCAAGUGGCAACCAACUGAAGACUUGUACCCAUUACCCUAGUGUACGUCAUAAGACAAGAUGGGUGGGCGAGGACGCGGCCGAGGGAAGGGCUUGAGCCUGGAGCAGCUUGGGGUGCAGAAAGGAGAGACACUGCCAGAGCGAGUCCUUGGGCCCCCCGAGACAUACCCGCCUCUCGAGUUCAGACCUGUUCAGCCAACCCAGGAAAAGAGUCUUGCUGAAUCGUACAUGCUGGUUGUUAAAAAGGAGUUCCGAGAGCACAUGCAGAAUUCUCAGUUUUACAUCCAGCCGGGAGUGAAAAGACCUGACAUUGAGAGGUAUUCCGACAGGUACCAAGUCUUAGCGAGUCACCGAGGCCAGCUCACCCUGAACUGGUCUUGGUUUCCCAAAGAACUGCAUCCCACAUCGGUGUCAGCACUAAAGAAAAAGAGAAAGAAAGAGUCGCCGAAAGUUAAAGUCAAUUUGAAAAAGGCGCGAACCAAAGAUAUGAACGUAAGUGAGACUCUGGAAGCACUUGAAAAGAAGGAAGCGUUGACGAAUGAGGAGAAUGAGGAGGAAGGCGAAGAGGACAAUGCAGACAAGGCUGAAGUUGAGACCAUGGAGGAGGAGGUGGACGAGGAGCUGGAUGAAGGAACGGAUUACUUCAACAGCUACUUUGACAAUGGGGACAAUUACCUUGACGAGGAGGAUGAUGCCUUGGAGGAAGGGGGAGUGUUUUGAUUAAGUUAUACGUUGAAGUUUUCUUUUCUGGUUUGAUGUUUAUGGUUAGGGAGGAGAGUUUAAAGGUGCUGAUAUUCUUAACCCAGUAGCUGCAGGGAUCAUGUUUCUUAAAGGCCCCUCUAAGCGAGAAAAAUGAGAAAAUCAUGACUCACGCAAACCAUUUCGUAAUUUUUAUCAGCGCAUUUGUGAUCAGUUUAUGCAUCAUCUAUUUUGGGGGGUUUAUAUCAUGGCAAAAAUUUGGCCUGUCGCUGGUACACGGUAAAGCCACAAAUUUGGCCCGUCAACUGCUACCCGGUUAAACUUCACUGGCACAGCUGCAUAGUGACAAAGGAGGAGGGGGAGUGUUAAGUUUACAUAUAAUUUUUGGUAAAGAAAAGUGUAGAUACUGUCACUUGAAAAUUUAUUAAAAAUUCUAAAUAUUCUCUUACCAACACAACUAAAUACAUGACUGGCUGCUUGCUGCAUUUCUUGGCAUCCUGAAUACAUCUUAUAUCAUCGAUGAAUGUGGUAUACUAAACCAGUAAGCAAGCCUUCAGCCCUUUUUAACCUUGUUACAGAUGAUAUGCAUUGGGUUUACUAAGACCAUUAUUACUUCUAUUACUAUUCAAAAACAACAAGUAUAUCUUCCAUCUCAAACCAUUCAUACAAUGCUUCGUCACAAAUGGAAGCAACGCCAAGUUAGCGUAUUGAACAUGCUCCCACAAAGUUACUGUAUUUUAUGCCCUACAGGGUGCACAGGUACUGUCCUUCAACUUGAAAUCUGAUAAGACCAAUGAGAUUUGAGUACUUAAAAUCUCGGAUACAUUUUUUGCCAAUUUCAUUAAGAUUAAAUUGACUACAUGAGCUUGUAUCUCCAGUAACAUCAUCUCCAAUGGCAUUUCAAAAGAGGAACCUGGGAAAAGUGUGUUCUUCAGCCAAGAGGACGAGGUCUCGGCUGUUACAUGUAAAAAUACCCACGUGCCUGAACGCCACUGAAUAUACAAGUGUAGGAAUAGAACGACCACAUUGUACACCUUACAUCAGGACUGCUGUUUAUCAUGUCCAUGCAUACCUUGACUUGACAGCAAAACUAGUCUGGUCUUCGGAAUAAAUGGAUGACACUGCUCCCGUACAAAAUUAAUCUACCUGCAGUAACUCCUCUAAAAAUACUUAAGUUUCUAGGCUAACUGGCAGGGUCCAUAAUGGCAUAAUUUGUUACACACACUGCGAAAGAGAACGUCAACACUAGCGGCGUGACAUGAGGGUUACUUCACUUUAUUGGUCAAAGCUCACAGCAGGAAGUAUUACUAAAUGGGUGUCAUGACAGCACGGAGGUUACGGAAGUGGCUAUUACUGCACCAACAUUAGGACACUGACAGCUGCUGCGUUUUCAUGCCUGUGAUUCUCUAUUUGGAUAAACUAGUCCUAGGUUACAAAAGGUCAUUUACAAUCUAUGUACCAAAUGUUGUAAUUCUGCCAAAAUCUGCCAGACAUCCUAUGAGGUAAACCAGAGGACACCCUGUGACAUAAAAUACAGUACAGUCGAGUUGGCUCAACCCGUGUGUAAAUUAGCCAUUGCCAAUCUUUCCUCAUGUGGCACUGUUAAGGGGAAGGAACGGCAAUCUUUUUAAUGUUUAGGAUUCAAGCAAAACUGGGCAUACUGCAAAAUCACAACCACACAUCAAUUAUUCUGUUACCACUGGGCUGAGAUUGAUUGUGGCUGCAGUACCAUGUUGUAUAUCAGAGUAAGGCUGGGUCUCGCUAUCCAUCACACCUUCACACCAAUCAUGUUUCACCGAGAAGUCAUAUAAACAAUGCCAUGGGUGGAAGCUUCCUCGCAUAUCCAUCUCUGAAUCAAAGCAGCUGCAUGAGGUUGUGGGUGACGAUAAAAGCAGGAAAGGAAGACGGAACCACUUCACUGAACCAACAUUGGGGAGAAAAAUGGCAUGUCCGCCCAACACCAUAGAGGAAUUGGCAUACUCGUAAUGACUCCACUGCCACAAGACUGGGAGAUAAUACAACGAAAAUCUAUUUUGUAUCAAUCCAACAGUUUCUAAUCCAAUAUCAUUUGACGAGUAUAUUCCGCUGCUAUACAUUCUGCUUCAAGUUCCAGUUAAGGCCAAGAAAGAAGUGUAGUUUGGAGUAUGUCCAGAGCUACUCAUCAUUUCAAGAUUGGGAAAAUGUUAUACAAGUGACCUUCCUUUCCCUUCCCUGCAACAGUGAUUUACAGAACGAGAUUAUUUUCAAAGCCAACAGUGAUACCCAAGAUUCUGUCGACGAACAAGAGCGAACACUUCCUGGUGCAUAAGCAAGAAUCCUCAUAAUGGUUUAAGUACCUUGUUAUAUGUAUCAGAAUUUAACAAGGAAGAAGGUACUGCAGAGACACCUUGAGGAAAUGGGACACUCUAGGCUCAUGAUAUGUUGAUUGUUUCCUAGUGUAACCGGUAUACUCUUAACGCUACAAAACAAGACGGCAAUUUACACUGUACUGCUAAACAACUCAUACCUGAAGCAUCAUGAAUCCUUAAACUGUUCAUUCCUCAUCCCAAUGACUACCAUAUUAAAGAAACUAACGGAAUGUGCCUACUGGCUGUCAAAUAUGAACACAGCACAUGAGGUUGGAGUAUUAACAGUUUUUUAAGCAAGAGCUGAUACUGUAAUGACCAAGGCCUGUACGUUGUGUUUGGUACAGACUCUGCAGCUCCAGCACAAGUCAAGUGAUGAUGGAAUGGUUAUUUACACGAUGAUAAACAUGACCACUUUCA